GCCGGGCACUUGCGUGCAGUCGGUUCUGACGAAAGGAGGAGCGCUGGAAGAGUCACAACCUGAACCGCAUUAAGACAAGAUGGCAGGACUGCCCCGCAGGAUCAUUAAGGAGACACAGCGCCUGCUUGCGGAGCCUGUACCCGGGAUCAAGGCAGAGCCGGACGAGGGAAAUGCCCGCUACUUCCACGUGGUCAUCGCGGGCCCCCAGGACUCGCCCUUUGAAGGCGGGACUUUUAAACUUGAACUCUUUCUGCCUGAGGAGUAUCCGAUGGCAGCCCCGAAAGUACGCUUCAUGACCAAAAUCUACCACCCCAACGUAGACAAGCUGGGCCGGAUAUGCCUGGAUAUCCUGAAAGACAAGUGGUCCCCAGCUCUGCAGAUCCGCACAGUGCUGCUGUCCAUCCAGGCAUUACUAAGCGCUCCCAACCCGGAUGAUCCACUAGCUAAUGACGUCGCUGAGCAAUGGAAAAGCAAUGAGGCCCAAGCUAUAGAGACAGCACGCACAUGGACCAGGCUGUACGCAGGAAACAACAUCGAAGUGUAGGAGUGGAAGUGGAGCACAACUUCCUGUUCUACCAAGCCUCCUAUCCCCCCAACCCACCCCCCCCCCCAACAUUUUCGUUUUGCAUUUAAAGGACACGGUCUGGCAAGACAAACAUGAGAUUAGAGACUUGAGGAUGUUCGAAAUGCACAUUAGCAGAUGUAUCUUUGUCCUGAUUCACCGUUCAUAAGCAGGGCCUGUGUGUGUGUGCGUGUGUGUGUGUGUGUGCGCGCGCAUGUGUGUGCGUAUGCGUAUUUGGGUGGUGGGUGGGGGGGGGAGUUGGCGGAACAGUACUUUUUACUUAUUUUUCUUUUAAACGUAACUUUUUGUUGCUGUGACGCUCCUGGUGUAAAGCACAGCUAAGUUGCUCCAUGAUGAUCGCUCCCCCCCCCACUGGUGGUCAUAACUAGGCGCUUUAGAAAGAACAAAAUCCCACUGAAGAGGGUUGUUUUUUUGUUUUUUUUUGCCCCCCCCUCCCCCCACGAGGGCAAAAGAUGUAGUGAUGAACCGACGUGUAAAGAAAUGAAUGAAAUAAAACAGAGCCACCACAAUGACUUGUACUGUUUUGACAGCCGUCAGUGUAGACUAAUGUAGGCUUGUGACUUUGUAUGGCUUGUCUGGGAGAAAGAAAGUGUGUAAAGUUUUAGUAAAAUUUGUUAUUGUA